AUGGAAAUGGAAUGCAAAAAUGUGGAGAUUCGAAACGGAAGACUUCAAGUGCAAGUGAAAAUUAAUCAGGCCGGGAAAGAUAAUUUAGUAAUAACCGUUACACAUAAAAGUUUCCCAUAUCUUGAGUUCCAUUUGAUUGCUAUUCAAGUGCAAGUCAACGACGCACCAUUCUACCUGGCCGGAUCGACAUUCCGUUAUCCCGACACUGCCGUCGCUGGGGAAGAGAUUCAGUUGCAAAUCCUUCCAUUUGAUGUAUUUGGUUGCCGCUUGCAUGCUUGCACGAGUACGGAUUAUAAUCUCACCGGAGCUAUCUCAAGUUCUCCUUCGGAUGUAAACGAGAACAAAGAAACCAUGGACUUCAAAACAAUCAAGAACGAAUCGAAUGUUGUAAUUUGCGUUUCAAUCGUUCUAACAAGAGCUGGUAGAAGAAAAGUGACGAUGGUCGACAAGGAUAGUAAAG